AUGGUGGAGAUAUAUGCGUCCCAAGCCGAGCAGUUGAUACAGGAAUCCGAGUUCGAGAGUCUCUGGCCCCAGAUAGAAGAAUCCGACCACAAUGAGAUCAAGAACUACGUCAAGCACGACUGCUUCAGGCCCAAGUUGAAGACCGAGUGCAACAACGCCAACUUCAUCGACGCUACUUGGGCAGCGCUGACGCUACACAUCAAGGACAAGAUGGCGGGCAAGCGAGCACUACUGGACGAGAACUGCUUUGUGUGGCACGACGACAAGACGGAGGAGCUCACGCUAGCGACUACAGUACAUGUGGAUGAUCUCUUCCCAACAGGCAGGCAGUCAUGGCUGAAUUGGGCACAUGAUUUACUGGAGAAGAAGUUCGGCAAGAUCACGAGGAAGACCAUGCCCUUCACUCAUCUUGGCAUCGAAUAUCAUCGACUACCAGAUGGCACUAUCUUUCUGAGUCAGGACGCCUACCUGGACACGAUAGAAGCACCACAGUUGGACAAGGAACGAAGUAAG